AUGGGCAAGGCCAGCGACGAGUGCCCGUGCCGGAAGGCGCUGCUGCGCAAGAGCAUCUUCACCGCCGCCCAGGACGGCGACCUCGACCACGUGCGCAGCUUCUUCGAGUGCCACAAGGCGCACCUGCACGUGGAUUUCCCCGAUGACUUUGGCUACACGUCGCUGCACUACGCCGCGCAGUGGGACCGCGUCGACGUCGUCGCGUACCUCUUUCAGAAAGGCGCGUCCGUCGACGCGCGUGCGUGCGGCGCCACGCCAUUGCAUCGCGCGGCCUUUCGCGGCUCCGUUGCCAGCGUCCGCCUCUUGCUCGCCCACGGCGCAGACGCCAACCUGCCCGACACGUCCUUUGGCGACUUGCGCACCGCCUUGCACAAAGCAGCGAGCGAGGGUCACGACGACAUUGUGGCGCUCCUCCUCUCGGCGCAGGCGGAUCCGACGGCGCGGGACGCCACGGGCAAGCUCUACGCCGACUGCCGCGCCGAGUGCACCCUGCUUCGCACCACCAAACCGGACAAAAUGCUACCACGCGACGUGGCAGAAAAUGCUGAUGUGUUGCCAGACGAAGCAUUAUCGAGCACCGGACUUGCGUGUAGCCAAUGCCACCGUCCAAGUCUCGUGAUCGUCCGGACGCCGUGCUGCCGAUUCCCCGAGUGCGAACCCUGCCAUGAGCUGCAGCGGCCGUGUGCUUGCUGCGGCACCAUCUCGAAUCGUCCCAACACGAUUGCCAUGGAGCUAGCGUCCAUUCCCGAGCCUCAUUGUCCAUCGUCGCAGGUCCCACUCCGCCCAGUUGGCGCACGCCUCGGCGGUCUCUUCAACCUCAAGCGUCGAACCGAGCAGCAAAAUGUAUCCUAA